UUUUUGUGUGAUACAUAUAUAUAUAUAUGUAUGAGUAUUUGUAUUUUUCAUCAACAAAGAACUCUGUUUAGACACUUGCUAUAUUUAGUCUCGAAUUUCAGUCUUUAAUACAUUCAAGUGUUAGUAAUUCGGCAGAUAACAAAAGUAAUGACAAUAUUUGUUUUUGUAGCUUAAAAGUCUUCUAUUCGCAUUUCACAUUUGCUGCUUGUAAAUAAUAGAAGGUGUUCUUAAAUUAUUGUAGACAACUGUGGUGACACUAGUCGAUUUGAACGCGUUGAACUUUCAAGCAACCGGUGCCAGUCACCUUGCACAUAACUGAGGAGAGCGAGAAUCAAAACAAAACAAAAGAAAAUCACGUUUUCAUACACACAAGCCGUUUGGUGUUGUAUUGAAAAUUAUUCUACAUUUGUUUUUAUACGCGCAUUCGCAUUUACAAUGCCAACGCCGCCACCACCAAACGGCCUCGUCAAGCAUAAAAGCAGCGGCCCAACCCGCCACACCCGCAACCGUUGGCAUUUUGCGGUACCCAUGAGGCUUUUCGAAAUUGUGAAAGUUCGAAUUUCGAAGAACGCCUGCUCCAAACGAGCAUUUUCAACUAUGCGUACACAACAACAAUCACAACAACAAAGCAGGAGAUGCCGGACACUGCGUUUACCCCAAAAAGCAUCAAAAGCGCACAAAAUUCGUACAGAAGUCAGUACGUGACCGCAACUCGAAGUGUAAAGUAGUGGAAAAGUGUAGAACGCAACGUAAAGCAAAUAUACAGCUUCACGUGAGCUGAGUGUUUAUCACAAACAUAUAUAUACAUACAUAUAUAUGUAUAUGUGUGUGACUUUGCAACCCCCAGCAGACACACCACACCACUUGCAGCUCCACUUUGGUAUACACAGUAUACAACUCAGAAACGGGCGACUUGGGACUCACUCGCUUGCUCUGACGCAGACAAGGACAUCAAUUCGCAAGCAAAUAAAGUGUAAAUAAACUGUGAAGUUAGACAGACAAGUGCUUAAAAGUCCUGUUAGUGCAUGAAAUAAAGCUGAAAAAUUUAAAAAAGUAAAAAAAAAUCGAAAAUAAAAUUAAAAUGGCGGAUGCUAAGGCACAAUAUCAGAAACUGCCGCCUGGCUGGGAUUGCAAAUUUGAUCAAGCAACAGGAAAUUGUUACUACAUCAACUAUUUCACGAAGGCCAUGCAGUUGGAGGAUCCGCGCGGACGCUACAAACAGCUGCAAAAUGAACGUUGCUCCACUGAAUCCAUAGCGAUGCAGCCCAUAAAUGGUUCACCCUAUCACGUGUAUCCAAGCAACAAUUUGCAGGCCGUGCGUGCCUUUCAGGCCGGUCCUGGCACCAACACAAGUUUGCAUAACAUGUCCACCAGUCCGUUGCUGUCGUCGCGUGGAAAUUUGGAGCUGUCGCCUUUGCGUAUGCCACGCGCUUCAUUGACGCACACACCACGUUUGGGUAAUAUGUCACGUCGUUCGACCAUACAGGAGACUUCCUUUACAAAUCCCAUCGAUACGGAUGUGGUGGUGAAUAAAAUACAGAAUAUGUUUCCCACCGCCAGCGAGGAUCAUAUACGUUUGCUGCUGAAAAAAUAUUACAAUCGCGAGGCCGUCGUCAUUAGCGCCUUACAAGUGGAGAAACAUCCGGUCACCAUGCCUGGUCCCUAUGUCACACCGCCGGCGCAACGUCAUUUGUACCAUAGCAACACCGUUUUCCAUUUGACACCACCAGCGCGUCGCUUGGAUAAGGGCAUAACGGCACGCGGUCUCAAUGGUGCUGUUGCCAUCGGCAGCAGCUCGCGCACCGCCAGUCCUAUUCCGGGCGGCCGUUUUGGUAGUGUCACUAGUGUGCAUGGUGGCGUUGGUGGUGGUGGUGGUGGUUAUAUGGCUGCUGCUGCUGCCGCGGCUAUGCCGUUUCAUCAGGGUUCGCCACGCUUCGAACAAUGGCGUAGUUCACCGAAGCCGCACUCGUCGCCGAAGAUGAAAUUGAGAUAUUUGAAAACGAUAUUCCCCAAAGCAGAUGAAAUGGUACUGCUAGACAUACUUGCCAGCUCGGACAAUAAUGUGCAAACGGCAUCUGAGAAACUUAUCUCAAUGGGCUAUACAAAACGCGAUUUCAUACCACCGAAAAUAUCGCAUCGCGCUGAUCAUGAGGCGGCACAUGCAGCAGCAGCUGCCAAAAAGGCUGGUGAAGAGACAAUUAUACCAUUGCAACCGAAAGUGUACACAGCGGAGGAGAAGGCUACAAUACAAGCUCACAUGAAGGAGAAAUUUCCGCAAAUAGCCGAACGCAUUAUACUCAUGGCGCUGGAGUCGGUCAACUAUGCCGAAGAUCGUGCUAUACAGAUUCUAUGUAUUGUACAUGAAGAGGAUGAGUUGCAUGCCAAGAAGAAUGCCGCCACCGCAGCUGUUGCAGCAGAUGUAGCAAUGCAAUCGGUGAGUGGACAUGUUGCCGAAGUGAUUUUGAGUGCGGUAGAUGGUGUGCAGGCUAGAGCUGAUGGCAGCGGCGCUGAUGAUAGCAUCCUCACUGUUGUUGUCAAAACACCUUUAAAUAGCUACAAUGAUGUCAACAAAAGCACUGAAAAUGCUUCAGCGAAACAUAUUACCUUCUCGGCCACAACAUCUACAUCAACAUCAUUGCCGCCAACAACAUUCGCCUCAUCAUCAUCAUCAUCACCAUCAGCAUUAUUAUCAUCAACGUCAACUCCAUGCAGCGCUAUUCUCAAAUCCUCGACAAAAAUCAACGCCACCAGAAAUAUUGGCAAAAAGGUAGCAUUUCCCUCCAUAAACCUAACCACGCCCACUACAGCUACUACACAGAUUAUACUUUCUAAUUCACCCACUUGCAUUGAACGCAACGUAAAGGCAUCGAAAUCCGCUAGUGACGUCGUUGACUCCUUACCCAACUCAUGCACAAUCAUUAAUCCAUCAGUUGCGCCAUCAACAACCACUCCAUCACCGUCCAAAGCAUUUAAAGAACUACACAUAUCAUCCGAAUUGCCAUCAUCCACUUCAUCAACAGCUGCAACAACUACUCCUCCAAUCUCCACUGAGUAUCCGAAACUCACUACCAAAAGCUUACUGGCGCGUUGCAAUACAUAUGCCUCAGGCAUCCAGGGAUAUCUGCAUGGCACGUAUUCCAAUACAACCACAAUCACAGCCACUGCUGCUACCACUUCGGCUUCUAUUUUGGAUAAAUUGAAAUUGACACGCUUGCGCGAAAAGACCGAUACGCUAAAAGUCGGACAACAAGCUGCAACAGAUGCAGCGGGUAAGCAGCGCCAGCAUUUCAAGUCUAUUAUAGACCGUAUAACAACCAGCGGUCACAGCGCAGAAUUAGCUAAAGGCGCCGAUGAGAGUUUACUGCUCGCCGACUAUGUGACCUGGAAUGGCGCCAAUCCCGAUAUGCCACAAGGACACAAUCAAAAACAAUUGUCACACGGUCCAGACGCCAGUAAGUUGUGUGAGCGCAGUUAUACACCGAUUGGGCGUAAUCCGGAACUUUGUAAGGGUGCCCAAAAGGGUUUGGCUAAAGGUAGUAUUUAUGCGCAACUCGCUGCAGCUGGCAAUACAAAAACGACAAACAUUAAAUGUAAUUAAAGAAUUUUUGAACAAAUUAUAUAUACUCAGACAUUUA